AUGAACGCGAACGAGAAGCUCUUCAUCAACGCGCUCAUGAGCCGGAAAUUCAUCGAAGAAUCGAAAGCGAAAGAACUGUUCCGAGACUUACUGACGAACCGAGAAAACGACAUCGAGAACGCGUUGCCGUCGCAAAAAGAGUUCGACCAAUUUUGGGGACACGUGAAGGACAAGUUACGAACGAAGAUGGGAUUGGACAUAAGGAAAGUGCGCUUCGUGCGAGGGGACGAGAAGAUAUAUUUGGGGAUUUGCAACGUGAAUUCCAACUUGACGAACGAAUCGUACGUGAAUGGGUUACCGACGACGAGAUCACCGCGAGAAAUCGCUCUGUUUCGAGUGGUUUUGGAUGAGAUUUUACGAACCGAAGAUACGUGUCGCAACGGUAUCGACUUGGAGCGGUUUUUAGGACAAAGCCAAGACGCGUUCAUGACGCAAGCGCAAGAGUUAUCGAAAAAUAACAACAACGAGGAGAAGAAAGGAGAAGGAGUAGGGACGAUGACGCAAGCGACGACGCAGCAGCAAGUAGAAGCAAUGGGGAAGAUGACAUAUACAGAGCGCGAAAUCAUCGUCGCGAAUUUCGUGAACGACGGAUGGUUACAUCGUCUGGAUAGCACGUACACACACGUGCGAAUAGGCGUGCGGAGCUUUUUGGAGUUGAAGGAGUUCAUCUUGGAUCAGUGUCCUGAAGCAAUCAGCGAGGAGUGGAAGAAUGCUCUUUAA